AUGCAGAAAGUGAGAGAGAGAGAGCUCUGUCCUGAAGAGGGUAAGAUUGGACAGCUGUCUACAGUAGGACAAAGUGUGGGCAGUGGCACAGCGCAACUCACCACAUCGGGGUGGGCGUCGGGCAAGGUGUUCACGUGGGUGGCGAAGUGGGGACACUGUAGCCAGGGAUGGACAAAUAAGGAGGAAUGGGCUAAAGAUAACAACAGAUCCAUCAUUCACAAAGCCAGCAGAGCAUCACACGAGGACACACACACCUACAAAACGAACUAUAGCACUACACCACACACCUUAGAUAUGUCCAUGCGGCCGUCUGGUGGCCAGAGAUCAUACGAGUGGUGA